GGGAAAACAAACGGAGAGGCGCCGCAGGAACACGCGCAUUCCCGUCUAUAAAAGACACCCGACCUGACCGGCGCGGUGUCCGCCCAAACCAAACCUCCUGAUCCACCUCCGAUCGGAAGAAGAAGAAGAAGAAGAGAAGAUGAGCUACUACGGCCAGCAGCCGCCCGUCGGCGUCCCGCCGCAGCAAGGCUACCCGGGGAAGGACGGCUACCCGCCGACGGGGUACCCUCCGGCCGGAUACCCCCCGCCGGCGCAGGGGUACCCGCCACAGGGGUACCCCCAGCAGGGCUACCCGCCGCAGUACGCGCAGCCGCCGCCCCAGCAGCAGCAGAGCAGCGGGCCUUCCUUCAUGGAGGGAUGCUUGGCCGCCCUCUGCUGCUGCUGCCUCCUGGACGCCUGCUUCUGAGGGCAACGACGCCGGAUGCAAGACAGCGAGGGAAGCUACCUCAUGGAAGAACUGGAACUCAACUGUGCUUGAGCUGGAGAAGAACUAGCUUUCUUGUUCUGCAUCAUCUCCUCUCUUUCUUUUUUUCUCCUUUAUGAACCCGGUCGGUGUUGAUGGGAUGGCUAGCCAACUAGGCUCGUAUGUGUGUAUUCUGUUGAUUUCUAUGCUUCUGGUGGAAUUCAACCCGGGAUUUGUGGAAUGCAAAUUGGUGUUUUCUA